AUGCCCGCCGCCGUCCUCCCCCGCGAGACCCCUCGCAUCACCAAGUUCACCAACUGCCGCCUCCCCAUCGCUGGCAAGCUCGUCGAGCAGGACCUCUGGAUCGACUCGGUGUCGGGCACGAUCCUCCAGGACCAGCGCGCCUUCUACGACGACCGCGUCUGCCCCGACCAGGUCCUCGAUCUGGGCGGCCGCAUCCUGGCGCCCGGCUUCAUCGAGGUGCAAAUCAAUGGCGCCGCGGGCUUCGACUUCUCCGUGCCACAGCCCACGAAGGAAGACUAUGACGCGGGCUUGAGGGAUGUCAAUCGCGCCCUCGUGCAGAUGGGCAUCACCUCGUACCUGCCCACCGUCACAAGUCAGAGGAAAGAGGUCUAUGCGAAGGUGCUUCCGUCUCUCGCUCCCUCCGGCCUCCUGCGCUGCGCUGAAGACGGCGCGGAAUCGCUUGGCGCCCACAUCGAAGGCCCAUUCCUCAGCCCGGGCAAGAAUGGGAUCCACAGCCCCGACGUGCUGAUCUCCGCCGACCACGGCUUCCAGGACCUGAUCAACUGCUAUGGCGCGGCGAACAUCUGCGCCGACGAGACCUCCCCGAACCCGCUGCCCGUCAAGCUGAUCACGGCCGCGCCGGAAGUGGGCGUGAUGCUGUCGCUCAUCCCGCAGCUCAGGGCGCAAGGCAUCGUGUUCUCCAUCGGCCACUCGGAUGCGAGCUACGAGCAGGCGCUCGCGGCCGUGGACGCCGGCGCCAACAUGAUCACGCACCUCUUCAACGCCAUGCGGCCCUUCUACCACCGCAACCCGGGCAUCUUCGGCCUGCUGGGCCAGGGCGAGACGCCGCACCGGCCGUUCUACGGGCUCAUCGCCGACGGCUUCCACCUGCACCCGACCACCAUCCAGAUCGCGUACCACGCGCACCCGCACGGCGCCAUCCUCGUCACCGACGCCAUGAAGCUCUGCGGCAUGCCCGACGGCGUGUACGACUGGACCAACGGCGACCGCAUCGUCAAGCGCGGCGCGCGCCUGACGCUGGCCGGCUCCGACCGCCUGGCCGGCAGCUCCGCCACGCUGAUCGAGUGCGUGAAUAAUUUCCGCCGCUGGGCCGGCGCCCGAACCGUCGAUGCCCUGGCCGCCGUCACCGAGACGCCCGCGAGGAUGCUGGGCGUGUUGGGCCGUAAGGGCACCCUGGCCCAUGGCGCCGAUGCGGAUCUGGUCGUGCUGGGUGAGACGGCGGCGGCCGAGGACGCCGCGGGGCUGGGCACGUUGACCGUCGACCAGGUGUGGAAAUUCGGGGUGCGCGUUUUCGAUCGCGAGAUGGAGGAAUAA